AUGGAGGAAUGGGACUUCUGGAUCCCAGGGAAAGUUCUAGCUCUAAUCCCGUGGAAAGAGAUUAGGAGCGCGCAAGUUGAGGAGGAUAUCUUAUUGCGUGAUUUAGUCCCACCGAGAGGGGGACAAGCGAGGGGGACCGUUGAUCCACCUUUUCAGAUAAAUGAGGCACAAUUGCAGUUGGCUGUUGAGGCAGCUCUUUUCAAAGCAUUUCGACCAGCAGGUGUGUCAUCGUUACAAUUUGUGCCACCACCGGCACCGCCACCACCACCACCUCUAAAGACAAAUGAGUUGAAUGAUACUAUUUAUCACAUUGCAAAGUUUGUGAAAUUGAUGCCAACUCUGUUUGAGGGCGGCCCAGAUCCGCUUGUUGCGGAUAGUUUCAUGGAUAGGGUGGAGAAGCAUAUUAAUGCUAUGAAUUUGGCAACGAAUAUAUUGAAGAUUACAUUGGCUAUUUACAAUUUUGUGGGCGAUGCUGAGAUUUGGUGGAAGACCGUUUCUCACACCCAUAAUCUGGAUACAAUGACAUAUGAUACUUUUAAGAAAUUGUACUAUGAGAAGUACUUUCCGGCGCCUAAGCAGAGGGAACUAAAGAAGGAGUUUGAUGGGUUAAAGCAAGGAAACAUGACAGUUACAGAGUAUGAGAACAAGUUUACAUCGUUUUUGAGGUUUGCACGGGGGAUUGCUAAUAAUGAGGAAGGAAAUAUAGAGAAGUUUGUUGAUGGUCUUAAUCUCACCAUCAGGCCAAUUGUAGCUGCCUCAGAACCGACAGAGUAUGCAAAAGCAGUGCGAAAGGCCUUAGUAGUUGAGGCUGAAAGCAGGGACAGUAAGGCUAUCAAGGAAUUCUACAAGCACAACAGGGGUAUGAGUGCUUUCUCCGAGGGUCAAUCAAGUAAGAAGCAGAAGCAUGAGCAGUCAGGGUUCAGAGGACAGCAGCCAGUUAGAUCCUCACCCACAGCUUCAGUGUCCACGGGGUCUUCUAUAUCGAAUGCAAGCAGUUCUCAGGGGCAGAGGACCCAAGGUCGCGUGUUUGCACUCACUCUAGCCGAGUCACCAUCUAGUCCUUCAGUUGUCAGGGGUAUAUUUCUUGUGUCCCAUUCUUGGGCACGUGUAUUGUUUGAUUUCGGUGCUUCUUAUUCAUUCAUUGCUUCAUCAUUUACACGGGUAUUGGGUUUGGAGGUCAGUCAGUUAGACAGAUCACUCUGUGUUGACACACCUAUUGGGGAUUCAGUCACUAUUGGUAGAGUUUGUAGGAGUUGUUCCAUCACGAUUGCCGGACGUGUUAUUGAGUUCGAUUUCAUCCUUCUCGAGAUGACAGGAUUUGACGUCAUUCUUGGGAUGGACUGGUUGUCAUCCUUCAGAGCUGUCAUUGAUUGCUUUAGGGGCAGAGUUUCAAUGUGUACCCCAGAUAGGGAUUGCUUCUGUUUUGUGGAAGAUCAGUGUGAUUCUCUCACAUCUUCAUUCUAUGGUACUAGGGGUUGGGAUCGGCAGACGUUCUUCUUGGCUAGUCUGUUCGCUGAUGAUGAUGUGGAGUUUUGUGGGGUUGAUUAUCCAGAAGUUGUACGCGAUUUUCUGGAUGUGUUUUCGGAGGACUUGAUUGAGUUGCCUCCACACCGAGAGAUGCAAUUUGCUAUUGAUUUGAUGCCUAGUAACGCGCCAAUCUCUAUGGCACCGUGCAAGAUAGUGCGCUUUACUGAUUUGGUGACUAAUGUUUAUGCAGUUAUUGGGGUAUUCAUUGUUUAA